AUGGAUCCAAAAUCAAUGUCCACUUUAACUGACCAGCAGGAUUCAAUUGGUUCAGAGAUCGACAGAAUCAUUCGCAACUUCAAGAAGGACUCACCCAGCAGGAAAACACGUGAAUAUCUCGAAGAUAGUAAAACAACUUUAGAACAGUUAUUAGCUGACUUCAAGGCUAAUGAUGAGCGACUACAACAAGCCGAUGUACUAGUAAGAACAUCGGAAUAUUUCACACAAGAUUACGGCAUGGUAAUCAUAAAUUUGGGUAACAAAUAUAUCACCACAAUAACUCAAGAGCUGGAAGCAUUACCCAUUAAGGCUCAACCAUCAACAAUAAAGGGGUUGGACCUUCAGAUAAAUAAUGAUGUUGAAGCUAUUGAAAUAGUAUUACCUACUGGUGGUCAAGAGAAUGAAAUUAUUCAGGCAUUAGUCAACAGACGAAAUGCAGUGUGUAAAUCAAUCAAUCGUCUCAUCCACAAUGUGAGACAAGAUAACCAGCAACAGGUACCACAAUAUUUUGCAGUAAAAUUAGCUACGCUUACCAAGUUAUGGGAUCAGGCUGAAGGUUUAAAUUUUACUAUUCAGAAACGGCAAGACAACCCUCCUGAUUGCAAUCAUUAUCUAGCACUGGAACAGUUGGUGCAAGAUACAAUGGUUGAAUGGACUAGCGAAGCUGAAGCACUCAUCAAGCAUUUGCAAAUAUCAGAUGCAAAUUAUGAGACGGCAUGGCAAUUACUACAAAGUAGAUAUGAGAAUAAAAGAGUUCUAGUAUCAGCAGUUUUGCAACGUUUGACAGCUCAAAACUCUUUAUAUGCCCAUCCAACAGUCCAAGCCAUUAAAAAUAUGCAUGACACAACAAAGGAAAGUCUAUGUGAACUUCAUAAUUUAAAUAUUGAAACAUCAACUUGGGAUCCAAUUUUAGUUCACAUACUACUAAAAAAGUUGGAUAAAAAUACACAUUGCAGUUUUGAACAAACUCUUACUAACCCAAGGGAGAUGCCCACAAUAAAACAAUUCUUAGAAUUUUUAGAAUUGAAAUUUCAGUCACUUGAGGCUAUAGGUCUACGAGACAAUGCAGUAUAUAAACCCAACAAAAGGAUAGCCGUAACUAUGGUUUGUUCAGAUCUAUGUAAAGUUUGUAAUACAGAUAAACAUCCGAUCUACUAUUGCAAAAAGUUCAUUGAAAUGACUCCUCCUGAACGAUUAAAUUGGAUUCAACGACAAAAACUAUGUGUGAAUUGUUUCAAAUCCGAUCAUAAAGCAAAGGUUUGUGAAGCUGGAUCAUGUAAAAAAUGUGCCAAGAAGCAUAACACUUUGCUUCAUUUAGAGCAACAGUCACCUAAACCUUCAAGGGCACCAGCAACAAACACAAAGUCAACCACAACAUUGAUCAACGCUAAUGAAUCGCCAUCCAUAACAGCAACAACUAAUGCAAAGGGUACUCGUAAUUACGUUCUGCUAGCCACUGCAAAGGUGCGCAUUAUUGCAAACAAUGGACGAACAUGUGAUGUUCGUGCCAUACUCGACUCAGGUUCUCAAGUGAACCUAGUAACCCAAAGAGUAAUCAACAAGUUAUCUUUAAUUACCACAAAUUCAAAUCUAUCGAUCGAAGGUAUUGGCCGUCAAUUCGGGAACUCAAAAUCUCGCGUAAAUGUUGAACUGCAGGCUACUAAUGGAAGCUUCAGGACGAGACUCGAGGCAUUUGUAUUGCCACAAAUAAUAUCAGCACAACCGUCACGAGACCUAGAUAUCUCGGAUUGGCAGAUACCACAGAAUGUAGAAUUAGCAGACCCCAGCUUUAACAGAUCUGGAAGAAUUGACAUGCUGAUUGGUGCUGAAUUCUAUCGUACUCUACUUCAACCAGAACAAUUGAUAAUAGGAAAGAAUUCGCCACUGUCACAAAAUUCGGUUCUAGGUUGGUUGGUGGUUGGUAAGACUAAAACUACAACAGAUAUUAAACCAACAUGCGCUAUUACUACAGGAGAAGUUGGUGAAAUGUCAGAAAUGAUAGAACGAUUUUGGAAGUUAGAUAACAUUGAGACUGCAGAAAGGGUUUUGACUUUAUCUGAGAAAUGGUGUGAAAAUCACUUUACAAAUCAUGUAAAGACAAAUCACGAUGGUCGUUUCAUUGUACGCUUACCUUUCCGCGAUGAUCCCACAACACUUGGUAGAUCGCGUGAGAUAGCAUUCAAUCGAUUUUGUUCUCUGGAAAGGAAGUUACAAAGGGACCCAAAUUUAUACAAGGAGUACAUAAAGCUCAUGGAUGACUACGAGUCAUUAGGUCACAUGGAAAAAGUUUGCCCGAAAGAUGUCAAAGGAGCACAAUAUUUCAUUCCUCAUCAUUGUGUCUUGAAACCUGACAGCACUACAACCAAAUUGAGAGUUGUCUUUGAUGCAUCAGCAAAAACAUCAAGCGGUUUAGCACUAAACGAUAUUUUGCACAAAGGUCCAACAGUGCAAAGUGAUCUUUUUUCAAUACUGUUGCGUUUUAGAAUACACCGGUUUGUAUUUACGGCUGAUAUUGAGAAAAUGUACCGGCAAAUUCAAGUACAUGAUGAAGAUACAGCACAGCAGCUGAUAAUCUGGAGAAAAAGUGCUGAUGAUAGUAUACAAUAUUACCGACUGAAAACGGUUACAUAUGGAACGAAGUCAGCCCCUUAUCUUGCAACAAAAUGUCUUCAACACCUUGCGAAACAUAAUAUGAUCAACUAUCCGCUUGGAGCACCUGCAUUACUUAAUGAUUUUUAUGUAGAUGACUGUUUAAGCGGAACUAACAGCAUCAUUACCGCCUUAGACACUCAACAACAACUUACGGAACUGCUCAGUAAAUCAGGAUUUAAACUGAGAAAAUGGUGCUCAAAUAAUACACGACUCCUACAAAACAUUUCGAUAGAAGACCAAGAAAUCAACCUUGAUUUAGAUGACUCAGCCAUAAAGUCAACAAAAACAUUAGGCAUUAUUUGGCUCUCGAAAUCAGACGAAUUUUGCGGUAAGGCAGAGAUGUCAUCAGAGCAACCUAUCACGAAGCGGAUUGUGGCAUCGGAUUUAGCUCGAAUUUUUGAUCCUUUGGGAAUUUUUGGCCCCAUUACUGUAACAGCUAAAAUAUUCAUGCAAAACUAUUCCUGGGAUGCGGAACUGUUACCUCAGGCUCAGCUAGAAUGGAAGCGUUUUAGAAAUGACUUACAAACAUUAAAUACUGUGAAAGUACCCAGACAUAUUUUUAAUUCGACGGUUCCCUGUUCGAUUCAAUUACACGUGUUUACGGAUGCAUCAGAGAAGGCAUAUGGAGCAGCUAUGUACGUGCGAGCAAUAUAUAAUGAUAACACAAUAACAUCGAGACUAUUGUGCGCCAAAUCUAGAAUAGCACCAUUAAAGAAACAGACACUUCCACGACUAGAACUCUGCGCAGCAUUGCUGGGAGUCGAAUUAGCAGAAAGAGUUAAACAAGAUUUAAAGUAUCAAAACGUGUCAACCUACUUUUGGUCCGAUUCCGAAAUUGUUUUGUCAUGGAUAAUAUCUUCAUCUGCCUCAUUGCACACAUUCGUAGCAAAUCGUAUUAGCAAAAUUCAAGAGAUGUCACAUGCUGAUCAAUGGCAUCAUGUGGCGUCAAAGGAUAAUCCUGCUGUCAUCAUUUCCAGAGAAAUAAAAGUUAAAAUGUUCAAUUAUUCACAUAUAUGGUUUUUUGGUCCACUCUUCCUUCAUGGAGGCAACGAAUUUUGGCAACAGCCAAACCCAAAGGCAUUUAACAUCUCAACUGAUAUCGAAAGACGACAAGGACAUACAGUUAACAUUAUCAUUCAAACGACUGGUUCUGAUCACACGAUAAAUCAAAUUGAUCAUCGAAACUCAUUCAGAUACCUCCAAAGAACAAUUGCUUAUGUUCGCCGUGUAUUUCAUCGCACACAAUCACCAACAAGAACACUUUCUCCAAAGGAAUUACGAGAUGCAUUAGUCUUCAUAAUUAAAACUAUUCAGGGUUCAGAAUUUGCAAAGGAAAUCUCUGACUUAAAACAACGUAAAGCAAUCAACAGUUCGAGUCAACUAAAUACUUUAGCACCGUUCAUUGACGAACAAGGUGUACUUCGUGUUGGAGGAAGGCUUGAAGCAUCAACAUUGCCAUAUGAUGUUAAACACCCAAUGGUAAUUCCUUACAAUCACUCAAUAGUGAAAUUGAUGUUCAAAAUGAAACAUGAAGAAAAUUCCCAUUGUGCUCCACAAUUAUUGCUAAGCAUAAUGAGACAAGACUUCUGA